AUGCAUUUCUAAACUUUCUUAGAAGAGCCUAACAAAUUAUCCUCAUAUUAGUAAUUACAAUAAUAAAGUAAUGUAUGCUUAACUACUCUUUCAGUUAAUGAAUAAAAAGAACAGAAAGUUAAAUCAGAUAUAUAGAAUUUAGAGAACAUUUGGGUAUAAUGGUUUAGCUAACAAUAACUGUCUCAAAAAUAAAAUGAUGAUACUUUAAAGAAAAAUGAAUCCAUUGAUAUAGAAUGCACUUAAGAGGCUAAUGUAUUUAUUAUUGAAUAUAAGAUAGGCAGUUGAAAAGAGUACUUAGCUUAAAAAUUUCUUUGAAAUACUUAAAUCAAGGAUAAUCAAUGAAAAAUUGUAUUCUACUAUGACACAAACAUAAAUGACUUAAUUUUUUGAAGAAGCCACAACCUAAAUUUAAAACAAAAUCAAACUUUAUGAAGACAUCUAGAAAUUAAAAUUACUCUAAAAUUAUCCAUGUAUAAUAUAAUUUUGAUAUUCUGUUUAGCAAAUACUAAGAGGACUUAUUCAAAAUCUGCUAAUAUGACACUUAAAAAAUGGUUGAUUGAGAAUUAUAACAAUCCUUAUCCAAAACCUCAUUAAGUAGAGUAAUUAGUCUAAUAAACAAAUUUAACCAACAAAUAGGUAUCAAUAUUCAUGAUUUCUUAUAGGUCUUAAAUUGGUUUAUAAAUGCUAGAAACAGUCUUAAAAAUAAAUCAGCAGAUGAAAAAAAGUUCAAACAUAUUGUUGAGUGUAAAUUUAAGGAACUUGCUAUGAUGAAAAAAAAAAAAAUAGAGCAAAGUAUUUGA